UUCUGUCUAGCAGAAUUGAUACAAAAUGUGGAAGCUGAGGAUCGGAGCUAAGACAGGAGAUGAUUCUCACUUGCGCACCACCAACAACUACCUUGGAAGGCAGAUAUGGGAGUUUGAUACCCAUGCAGGCUCUCCGGAAGAACUCUUUGAGGUUGAGCAGGCUCGACGGAAUUUCUCCAACAAUAGGUCACAAUACAAAGCUAGUGCCGAUCUGUUGUGGCGUAUGCAGUUUCUAAGGGAGAAAAAGUUCGAACAAAAUAUUCCGCGGGUGAAAAUAGAAGAUGCCGAGAAAAUAACAUACGAAGAAGCUAAUACGGCACUGAGAAGAGGUAUACACUAUAUGGUAGCGUUGCAGUGUGAUGAUGGACAUUGGCCAGCUGAAAACUCUGGUUGCAUGUUCUUUAACGCUCCCUUUAAUGACGAUGGUGGGUGGGGACUAGACGUCGAAAGCCAUAGUUCAAUGUUCUGCACGGUCAUCAACUACAUCUGCCUACGAAUUUUCGGAGUUGACCCCGAUCAUGAUGGUAAAAUAAGUGCUUGUGCAAGGGCUCGUAAAUGGAUCAUUGAUCACGGUGGUGCUACCUAUACACCAUUGUUUGGAAAAGCUUGCCUUUCGGUUCUUGGAGUGUAUGAAUGGUCUGGUUGCAAACCCAUACCGCCAGAGUUCUGGUUAUUUCCUUCUUAUUUUCCUAUUAAUGGAGCUACUCCAACACCUCUCAUUAUACAGCUUCGAGAAGAGCUUUAUCCUCAGGCUUAUGCUGAAAUUGUUUGGAGUCAAGCUCGGAAUCGAUGCGCACAGGAAGAUCUAUACCAUCCACAAACAUUUGUACAAGACUUGUUUUGGAAAAGUAUUCACAUGUUCUCCGAGAAUAUCUUAAAUCGUUGGCCUUUCAAGAAGCUCAUAAGAGAAAGAGCUAUCCGAAGGGCAAUGGAACUUAUCCAUUACUAUGAUGAAGCCUCCCAAUACAUUACCGGUGGAGGUGUGCCAAAGGUGUUUCAUAUGCUUGCUUGUUGGGCUGAAGAUCCCGAGAGUGAUUAUUUUAAAAAACAUCUUGCUCGUGUCUCUGGUUAUAUAUGGAUUUCGGAGGACGGCCUAAAAAUCCAGAGUUUUGGUAGCCAAAUAUGGGAUACAGCCUUGUUGCUACAAGUCAUGUUAGCCGCUGAUAUUGAUGAUGAGAUAAGAUCAACGCUCAUAAAAGGAUACUCUUUCUUGAGGAAAUCUCAGCUUAUAGACAAUCCUCCUGGUGACUAUAUCAAAAUGUUCAGAGACAUAUCCAAAGGAGCAUGGGGUUUUUCGGACAAAGAUCAAGGAUGGCCAGCUUCAGAUUGUACUUCUGAGAGUUUAGAGUGCUGCCUGAUCUUUGAGAGCAUGCCGUCUAUUUUCAUUGGUGAGAAAAUGGACGUGGAGAGGCUUUAUGAUGCUGUCAAUAUGAUUCUCUAUUUGCAGAGCAAAAAUGGAGGUAUAGCGGUAUGGGAGAGAGCGAGUGGGAAAAAAUGGCUAGAGUGGCUUAGCCCCAUAGAGUUUAUGGAAGACACAAUACUCGAGCAUGAGUAUCUAGAAUGCACGGGGUCAGCAGUAGUAGUGUUGACUCGCUUCAUGAAACAGUUUCCCGGGCACAGAACAAAAGAUAUAGAAACAUUUAUAGCAAAGGCAGUAAAAUACAUAGAAAGUUUGCAAACGGCGGAUGGUUCAUGGUAUGGAAAUUGGGGAGUGUGCUUCAUCUAUGCGACAUUCUUUGCUGUCCGAGGUUUAGUGGCUGCGGGAAAGACUUACCAUAGCUCUGAGCCGAUCCGUAGAGCGGUUCAGUUCCUUCUUAAGAUACAAAAUGUUGAAGGCGGUUGGGGAGAAAGUUUUCUCUCUUGUCCCAACAAGAAAUAUAUUCCUUUGGAAGGGAACAAGACCAAUGUGGUAAAUACGGGACAAGCAAUGAUGGUUCUAAUAAUGAGUGGUCAGAUGGAGAGAGACCCGUUACCAGUUCAUCGUGCUGCGAAAGUUUUAAUUAAUUCGCAAAUGGAUAACGGUGAUUUUCCACAACAGGUGUGAUUCUUGUUAUCCUAGUUUUGUUCAGGACAUUCAGUUUCAUGAUAAUAUAAUUGGUCAUUAAUA